AUGAAGAUUUUUACAGCAUUAACUCUCUUGGUGGCAGCUAUCUCGUUAACCGCCGAUGCAGCACCGACCUCGAAAUCACCCGUAGUCUCAAUCGAAUUGGCGAAAGAUGAUUUACCCGAUUAUUUUACUUGGCUUGAAAAGUCGAAAAUUAAUAUAAACCGUGCACUAUUGAAAUAUAGGAAGAAUAUUCGAAAAGCCUUUAGUGAGGGUUUAGUUGGUCAAGAUGCCAUCGAAAAAUUAGAAGCUGCUUCCACUCCAAUGUUUGGUGAUUCCUCUCCGAAAACUUUCCUCAUUGAUGUUAACUAUAAGAAAGGAAAAACUAAUAGUACCAGCGAUACUGGAUCCAAAAAAAGCAAAGGAAAAAAGGGAAAACCCAUCAACAAUCCUCUUCAAGAUGAAGGAAUGGAUAUUGGUUAUCACGGACCAAUUAAAAUAGGAGGACAAACAUUCAAUGUAAUUUUCGAUACUGGUUCAUCUGAUAUUUGGGUGCCAGCACAAGAAUGUCCUGAUGCAGCUUGCAAAUCCCAUAAAGCUUUUAACCCAAAAAAAAGCAAAGGAUUCAAAACCGAUAAUAAGCCAUUUGACAUUCAAUACGGUACUGGUGCAGUUUCUGGCGUUAUUGCAGUAGAUGACAUUUCAAUUGCUGGUGCUAAGGCAAAAGGUCAAAUUUUCGGACUAUCAACAAAAAUGUCUGACUUUUUUACAAAUGCAAAAUUCGAUGGAAUACUCGGAAUGGGACUUGAUAAAUUGAGCUCACAAAACGCAAAAACACCUUUCACUCAGCUUGUUGAACAAAAAGCCGUUAAAGAUCCAGUUUUUGGUUUCUUCCUUGGGCGUCAAAAAGAUGGCAGAGGAAAUAAAAGUCAAUUAACUCUUGGUGGUGUUGACUCCACAAAAUUCACUGGUCAACUCAAGUAUAAUAAACUCGUGGGUAAAAAUGGUUACUGGGAAAUUGCUUUAGGCGAUGCUAGCGUUAACGGUAAGCCUCUUGGAUUCAGCAAAAAGACUGCCAUCAUUGAUACUGGCACGACCCUUCUCAUCGUCCCUCCCGCUGACGCUGCUGCUAUCCACAAAGCAAUUAAAGGCUCCGUUAAUCAACAAGGUGAAUACUUUGUCCCAUGCAACACUAAGGCUGUCGUUUCUCUCACUUUCGGUGGAGUUACCUAUAAAAUUUCACCAAAAGAUCUUGCUCGUGAAAGAACUAACCAACAUAAUCUGUGUGUUUCUGGUAUUGCUGGCGAUAAUAUCGGUGGACCUAACCAAUGGUUAGUCGGUGAUACUUUCCUCAAGAACGUGUAUAGUGCCUACGAUAUUAAAAAGCUUGCCGUUGGAUUUGCACCAAUUAAAUAA